AUGACAUUACCAGUAAAUUCUUCAAAUACACCAUUUAGCUCAAACAAAGUAUCAUCAAGAGAUAGGAUUCUCAUUAAUGGAGAUAUUUCUGUUAAUGUUACUUUUACACUAGAACAAAAACAAAAGAACAAGGGAACACAAAAAUAUCCUAAUGAGUUUGAAUUAACUACCUUAAAAUUUUCUACCAAAUUUAUGUUAUGA